UCAGUAGUCAGUACGCCUCGUGACGCCGACGGGAUAUAUUGUGUUCGUGAUAUAAUCGUAGAAUAGCGUUUAGUGUUCACCGGCAGUAGCUUUUGUACAGUGUUUUAAUAUAUAGUAUAUAUAUAUAUAUACAUAUAUAUUUUUCUUAACCGGUUGUUAAAUUCACGAACAGAAGGAAUUGCGAUCAAAUUCAUGAUACGUCCAGUUUGACCAAUCACAAAGAAUCAUUGUAUUUUCGUUCCAACGAAUCGUCCCGAAUAUACCGGUACUACGACGUGUCGUUAACCUCUAGCACACGAGAAGAAAAACGAAAAUUUUGAAAACGCCAAAAAUAUUGUACUGUGAUCUUUCCAAUUCGUCCUUGUCGAGGUAUUAAUAAUUCUUUUAGUGCACACAAGUAGUUUUCUUAUAAUCUGGGCCCUUAUUUGACGACUCAAUGUUAACGAAAAGAGCAUUUAGCCGAUCAUAAUUGCGUAUUAUACGAUAAGUGUUGCAAGUAACGGCGUUUGUGAUUGGAGGAUAGAAAUAUAGGAACAGAUAAGUGAAAAUGGGGUGCAACACGAGCAAGGAAAGUGUCCAGCCGGUUGGAGAUGAAGCAAAGGAAGAUGGGAAAAACGGUGAUAUCACGAAAGGAGAGAGCAGUCCGGCGAAAGUAGAUUCGCAAGAAUCGUCGCAGAAAAGACAAUCGGCGGAUUCGAAGGAGAGAAAGGAAGAAGAGUCGAAGGGAGGAGAGAAGAAAGAAGAGGACACGGAGAAGGAGAGGGAGAAAGCCGCGACCAGGAUACAAGCGGCAUUCCGCGGCCACCACGCCAGAAAGAGUAUGAAAGAUAUUGAAUCCUCGACGAAGCAGACGGGGACCAAAUCAAACUCAGAGCCAACCAAAGAACAACUUCAGCAGGAGUUCCGCGCCGACGAUAAGGAGCUUUGCGAAGCAGCGACGAAAAUCCAGGCAUCUUUCCGCGGCCAUAUGUCGAGAAAGGAGCAAGCAGCUGCAGCCAUCGCAAAAUCGGCGGAGAAUGCCGUCGAGGAUGUUGUCUCUAAGAUGGAGGAGAAGGUGAGUUUGUUAUUUUAUCAUUAAAAUAUGGAAUUUAUC